GGCAUUUUCGUAUCUGACUCGUCAAUUUUUUAGUAAAUGAAAUAAAUCUAUAUGUUAAUUGGCCGAUGAACAGAACAAAGAUAUGUUGACUCAAAAUUCUUCUUAAUUACAUUUGUGAUUCGCAAUAUUAUUUACGAUUACCCCUUUUGUAACGGAAUUUGUCAAUUCUAGUAUCAAUAGUUAAUUACACAGAUUGUUCUGACAGAUAUAUUGUAAACCCAUUGUAAUAAUAUAAGAAAAAUAAGUAGUUUCGUUUUGUGACAUUGUGCAUCUUGUUCGACAUCUUUCAUUGUGAGAAGAGAUUAGGAAAUAAUUGUCAUUACAGGCAAUACAUCAGAUUUGUAUCAAUAUCUACGAUGUCUGCAUCAUCAUCUAUGGAUGAACGUAUGUUGAAAGGAAUACGGAAGGUAUUACCAAGUUUGAUCAAUACCAAGUACAAAGGUCAAGAUGGCAUAAUUGGAAUCUUUGGUGGUAGCAUCGAAUACACAGGAGCACCGUAUUUCGCAGCCAUGAGUGCGCUAAGAACUGGCGCUGAUCUUGUUCAUGUAUUUUGCAUAAAGGAUGCUAGCAUUCCUAUCAAGUCAUUCAGUCCAGAGCCGAUAAUUCAUCCAGUUCUGGAUCAGCAGGAUGCAAUAAAACAAAUAAAACCCUGGCUUGAUCGUCUGCAUGUUAUUUUGAUAGGACCUGGACUUGGCAGAGAUGAGAAGAUAUUCAAAACGAUCAUUGAAUUGAUAACGAUCUGCCGAGAGGCAAGGAAACCACUGAUUAUCGAUGCUGACGGUUUAUUCCUAGUCUGUCAGAAGCCAGAAAUCAUAAAGGAUUAUCCUGGAGUUAUCCUAACACCUAAUGCAAUAGAGUUCAGUCGUUUGAUCAAAGCAGUACUGGACAAGACUGUUCCACCUACUCCUAUAGUUAAAGUUUCCGAUGUGAAACAUGUGGCGGAAACUCUUGGGAAAAGUGUUAUAAUUUUAUAUAAGGGAGCAAAGGAUGUGAUUGUAGAUGGUCACAAAGGCACCGAGACUGUAUCAUGUGCAUUGGCUGGUUCUGGAAGGAGAUGUGGUGGACAGGGAGAUCUCUUAUCUGGUUCAUUAGCAGUAUUUUGGUGGUGGGCUAUCUCUGCAGGAACUAGCGAAUGUGCCUUGUCUCCUUCAAUAGUAGCGUGUUAUGCUGCAUCAAGAUUAAUCCGAGAAUCUAAUGCAUCAGCCUUUAAAAUAAAACAGAGGGGAACGUUGACUUCGGAUAUGCUGGAACAGAUACAGCCAAUUUUUAGCAAGAUCUUUGAAACUCAUUGCGACAAGUAGUA